UCCCCCUCUUGUCCCCCUCCUGCCCCCCUUGGUCCUUUGCCCCCCACCUCGGGUGGGCAGGCCGCAGCUCCAGGAGGGUUGCUGGAGGGGUGCGGGAUGGCUGCGGAUUACCCGGGCCUGGAGCCCCCUCUGUGCGGCGAGCUGAAGCAGCUGUGCUCCGGCCUGCAGCGGGCCUACCGGGAGCUCAAGGACGAUCUGGCCCCGUGCGCGGAGCAACGCUACUACAGGUUGGCCCCCAUGCGAUUGUACACACUGUCUAAGCGCCACUUCGUCCUCGUCUUUGUCGUCUUCUUCCUUUGUUUUGGCCUGACGGUCUUCAUCGGAAUUGCAGGUCCUAAAGCAAUCCAGUGUGUUGGGGUGGAAUCUCCGUCCAAUAGCAGCUUGAAGAUACAGCCAUUUCACUUACGAUCACAAUCCCUAUCUACCUAUAAUCAGCAACUAUGGUUGACUUGUGUUGUUCAGCUAGAUCAAUCAGAUGAAACCAUUAUCCAAACAAACUUUCUCAUGACGGUCAAAGUGGACGGCGUAACGCAAGACGGGAGCAGGACAUUUGUCAAUAACAAAGUUCAUAAUCGGACAAGGACCUUUAAUUGUGCAGGGAAAUGUGCUGAAAUUAUCGUGGUUCACCUUGGCUACCUGAAUUAUACUCAAUAUGCUGUUAUGGUCGGCUUUGAGAACCUGAAAUCUUUGAAGAUGCCCAUCAAGGAUGUGACCUUCACGUGGAAGACUUAUAACCCAGCGUUUUCCCAGGUGGAAAUUUGGUUUCGAUUCGUCUUUGUGGUGUUUACCUUCAUGGUCACAUGCCUGUUUGCACAUUCCCUCCGAAAAUUCUCCAUGCGAGACUGGGGGAUUGAACAGAAGUGGAUGUCGAUUCUGCUUCCCCUGCUGCUGCUCUAUAAUGAUCCAUUUUUCCCACUCUCCUUCCUUGUGAACAGUUGGUUUCCUGGAAUGCUAGAUGACCUGUUUCAGUCAGUGUUUCUGUGCGCAUUACUGCUUUUUUGGCUUUGUGUGUACCACGGAAUACGAGUUCAGGGAGAAAGAAAAUGUUUAACUUUCUAUUUUCCCAAAUUCUUCAUCGUUGGGCUCCUGUGGUUAGCUUCUGUUACCCUAGGCAUUUGGCAAACAGUUAAUGAAUUACAUGAUCCAACAUACCAGUAUAAGGUUGACACAGGCAAUUUUCAGGGAAUGAAGGUUUUCUUUCUGGUGGUGGGAGCAGUGUAUAUUUUAUAUCUUUUGUUCUUGAUAGUGCGAGCAUGUUCGGAGCUUCGCCAUAUGCCUUAUGUCGAUCUCAGGUUAAAAUUCCUCACUGCAUUGACCUUCGUGGUGCUCAUCAUCAGCAUUGCUAUACUCUAUCUAAGGUUUGGAGCACAAGUCUUGCAAGACAACUUCGUUGCUGAGCUGUCAACUCAUUACCAGAAUUCAGCGGAAUUCUUAUCUUUCUACGGAUUGCUGAACUUUUACCUCUACACUUUGGCCUUCGUGUAUUCCCCUUCUAAAAAUGCUCUUUAUGAAUCGCAGUUGAAAGAUAAUCCUGCCUUUUCCAUGCUGAAUGAUUCUGACGACGAUGUCAUUUAUGGGAGUGACUACGAAGAAAUGCCCCUGCAGAAUGGCCAGGCCAUUAGAGCAAAGUACAAGGAAGAGACCGACAGCGACUGACCCAGUCGAGGAGGUUGGUUUGGCAGGAAUGAAAAGGGACCUGCAAAUUUGUCCUUGAUGCACCUCUUCCUGACCACCUCACUUGUCUCCUUAAAACUGAACUUUUACUCGCGUGGGUGGGUUUCCUUAUUUUGUGUGUUUUUCUUUAUGGCGUCAAAAAAGAGAAGUGAAAACUGAAGGGACCAAACGGAAAGAAAUGCCUGAAUGCACGUCCCGCUGGAGUGAGGGAGCCGUGGAGGAGGGACUGGGGCAGGUUAGUAAAACUCCAAAAGCCGAAUGCUCUGGCCUAGGUCUGAGGAAAACCUCUAUUUGUGUUAAAGCCAAUAUUCAGCGGGGAGACGGGCUGCUUCGUUCGAAAUCCUUCCAAACGCUUGUUUCGCUCAGACGCCUGAGUCCCCGCUGCCCCUGACUGCCAUGACUGUUGAGAUGGAAAUUGCAUUAAGGCUUCCGCAAGCACCAUAAGCACAUACCAACACGCCCACCACAUCGAUGGAGCGACACGCUGCUCUUUCCCUCUCCAUCCGUCCCCGUUCACCAAACCCAAAGCAAAAACCCACGGGGUUCAGGCUCCUAGGGGCAGCACCUCCACCUUUGGUGCUUUGCUAAGGGGCCGUUGAGGUCAAAUUUCCCUUUAGCUAUUCUCCCACUGCGGGCUGUUCCAGUCCCUGGUCUCGGGGCUUCCAGCAGUUAUUCUGGGACCAAAAUGACUAGUGCUAAUGUCGUCGAGAAGCUGUAAUGAGGUUUGGAAGGCCAUGGCUUUCUCACAAAGUACACACUACUUUGCAGCUUGCAGUGUGAAGCUGGGGGAGGGGGUGUGAUUGUGUGAGGGUGUGCAUAUGCGCACAAUAGCCCAUCAGUAAGUGAGCAUGAGCUUCCAUUUGGCUUCUUCAGUGUGGGGAAUGGGAGGUUGUUAAUGCAGAUGCUCCUUGUAAAGUGAGGGAUGACAGGGUUGCAGCUUUUCUGCAGACUCAAUUUAAAGCAGCAGCCAAGCGGAUGAUUACAGCCGUCGACAUUACCCAAAUGUUCGUUUCAUUCGCGUUUUCCAAAACGAAGCCCAAACUUGAAUCCAACAGAAAACUGACUGAAGAUUAUUAUUAUCAUUUUUAUUUUUUUUUUUGGAAAUGAUACAUGAAAUAACCUCUUUGUGCCGAAGACAAGUGUUUUCUCAAAUGAUCUCUUCCCCAUCAAAAGAAAUCUCCAGAGGACCGGAGUGGAAACAAAUGGGUUUCUUCACCGGUGAUGGAGAAGAUGCAUUUGAUUUCAUACUGCCAGAGUUGAAAUGAGAUAGAAAGCAUAUAAGAUUGACAAAUCCCGUUCCCCCAGAAGGCUGAUUUUUUUUUUGUUGUUGUUUUACAAAGUCUAGCAUCGACAAGAGCUUUUCUUUUUACAGUAAUUUUUCCCCUUGCAUUUGCUUCAACACCACGUACUGUGGAAAUCUCUGGUGAUGGCACGCUGAAGUACACAGGUAAAGAAACUAACUCUAUCCUUUGCCUGCUGAGGACUGAUAUCCUUUUCCUUCAUAGGUGCACCAAUCGAUCAGUGGUAUUUAUUGAGUGCUUACUGUGGUGCAGAGGCACUGUACUAAGCAUUUGGGAGAGUACACUACAACAGAAUUUAGCAAACAUGGUCCCUGCCCUUAAUGAGUUUACAGUCUAGAGGACAAGUUUACAGAAUUCAGAAACCUGUCAUCGCAGUUGAAUGCGUUCCCUUCCAGGCAGGGUUUAGAAUAGGGUGAUUCGGAACCUCAGAGACGUCUAUGGAAAUGCUGUUCAUUGUGAUAAGUUGAUAUGAUUUUCCCUUUUAAUGUACACUCUGGUGAUGUGGUUGUGGCUUUAAUGACUCUGCAGCUUAACACAGACUUCUGUUUAGAUUUCUGUAUUUUUUAAAAAUCUUGUACAAAUCAGUGAACUUAUCAUCAAACUGCAAGGAUAAUUCAGAAUUUACACACUGAAUUUUGAAAAACCA